GCCCAACCCGGAAGAAGCUCCGUGUAGGUGACGUCGCAUGUUGUUGUCCACGAUGGCGUCGUCCACAGAGCAGUGUCUCCUGGAGCUCACUGAUAAGGAAACUCGGGAGAAGCUGUCGCACUGGGACCAGCGGGUAGAUCCGAUGGCUCCGUUAACGGAGAAGCAGACGGACUCGGUGCUCGAGCUCCGCGCCGCGGCGGAAGUCACGCUUCUCCCAGCGGAGCUGCCCAUCGAGGACAUCUGCAGCCUGGCGUCUCGCUCGCUGCGCUCCUCGUUCACAGCGACUCUUCCCGAGUCCACCGAGGAGGUGCUCCUGCAGGGCUUUCAGAUGCUGGAGCUGGAGAACGAGCGCAUCCAGACGGCCCAGCAGUUUUUUUCCUGGUUCUCGAAGCUGCAGGUUCAGAUGGAUCAGGAUGAAGCUUCAAAGUACAGGAAGACGCGGGAUGUUCUGAGCGGCUGUCGGGAGCAGUGUGACUCCAUCCUGAAGGACGUGAACACUGCGCUGGAGCAUCUGGACUCUCUGCAGAAGCAGUACCUCUUUGUGUCCACCAAAACAGGAACGCUUCACGAGGCCUGUGAACAACUGCUGAAGGAGCAGUCAGAGCUGGUGGAUCUGGCCGAGAGCAUCCAAGAGAAACUCUCAUAUUUCAAUGAACUGGAGAACAUAAACACGAAACUGAACUCCCUGACGUUGUCCGUGAACAGCGAGGGAUUCAUCCCGAUGCUUUCUAAACUAGACGAAUGCAUCGAAUACGUCUCAUCUCAUCCGAGCUUCAAAGACUACCCGGUCUAUCUGACCAAGUUCAAGCAGUGUCUGUCCAGAGCCAUGCUCCUCAUCAAGAGCCACACGGUCAGCACGCUGCAGAACCUCACGGCUCAGCUCACCAAGAGGCAGGACCCGUUGGGUGCUCCGAACGCAGACAACGCCUUCACGCUCUACUAUGUGAAGUUCAGAGCAGCGGCACCCAAAGUUCGGAGGCUCAUUGAACAAGUUGAACAACGGUCCAACAAAAUCCCAGAGUAUCAGCAGCUGCUGGAUGAGAUUCAUCUGUGUUAUCUGGAGCAGAGGGAGCUUCUGCUCAGUCCCAGUAUAAACUCCACCUUCACUGAUCUCACCAGCCACAACAACAAGGACCACUGCGCUCUGGUGCGCAGCGGCUGUGCGUUUAUGGUCCACGUGUGUCAAGACGAACACCAGCUUUACAACGAGUUCUUCUCCAAACCCUCGUCCAAACUGGAUGAGCUUCUGGAGAGACUCUGCGUGUCUCUGUAUGACGUCUUGAGGCCUCUGAUCAUCCACGUGGUUCAUCUGGAGACGCUGUCGGAGCUCUGCGGCAUCCUGAAGAACGAGAUGCUGGAGGACCACGUCCAGAACAACGUGGUGCAGCUGGGAGCGUUCGACGCCGUGGUGAAGCAGAUGCUGGAGGACGUUCAGGAGCGUCUGGUCUACAGGACACAUAUCUACAUCCAGACGGACAUCAGCGGAUACAAGCCUGCGCACGGAGACCUGGCCUACCCCGAGAAGCUAGAGAUGAUGGAGAGAAUCGCUCAGAGUCUGAAGGAGGAGCAGAUGAAGCUGAGCUCGAGCAGCUCUUUCUCUGACGUGCAGCUGGAGGAGUCUGAUAAUCAGAAGCUGAUCAGCUCUGAGGCACGCUCGCGCAGCACAGUUUCUCCUGCAGAUCUUCAUGGCAUGUGGUAUCCCACCGUCAAACGCACGCUCGUGUGUCUCUCCAAACUCUACCGCUGCAUCGACAGGGCGGUGUUUCAGGGUCUGUCACAGGAAGCGCUCUCUGCCUGCAUCCAGUCUCUCCUCAAAGCCUUCGACAUCAUUCAGAAGAACAAGACUCAAUUAGAUGGGCAGCUCUUCCUGAUCAAACAUCUCCUGAUCCUGCGUGAGCAGAUCGCCCCGUUCCACGCAGACUUCGCCAUCAAAGAGAUCUCGCUGGACCUGAAGAAGACCAGAGACGCUGCUUUCAAAAUCUUUAACCCCAAGACUGUGCCCAACUUCUUCCGUCUGAACAGCCAUAACGCGAUCCUGGAGUUUCUGCUGGAGGGCACGCCGGAGAUUAAAGAGCACUACAUCGACUCCAAGAAAGAAGUGGACCGGCACCUGAAGUCCAGCUGUGAGCAGUUCAUACAGCAGCAGACGCACAUGUUCAUGGGAAACCUGGAGGAGUUCCUCACCAAGGUAGCAGCUCUAAAGACGAUGGCUGUUGAAGGAGGACCGACGUACAGUCUCUCUCAGCAGCCCUGGGCUCAGCCGGCCAAGGUGAAUGACAUUGUGAUGGCCACCUAUCGCAUCCUGAAAAACAAGCUGCCCGUCACCUUACAGAGCAUGUCUUUAUAUCUGGCCAAUAAAGACACCGAGUUCAUCCUGUUUAAGCCCGUCAGGAACAACGUCCAGCAGGUGUUCCAGAGACUGCAAGUGUUACUGCAGGAGGAGUACAGCGGCGAGGACCUGCAGAUCAUCGCAUGUCCCUCCAUGGAGCAGAUAAAUCUGCUGCUCUCUGUGAAAUAGCUCUGGACUCCGUGGACAGUGAUGUUCUUCCACACUUGGACCACGUCAGCUUUGGGAAAAGAGCCUUGAGAGAAGAUUAUUCCCAAACCUUCUUGAGAUCAACACGUCUCUCUAUCUAAAGACAGAACGAGACCCUUUCCAAACACUGAACACACGCUGCAGGAGCUUGAUCUGGUUCUUCAGCGUAGCAUUGAUACCAAAUCAGUCUGUACAGAUGGAAAUUAAACUGAAGGUGUGAGCUCAGUCACACGGAUGCUGGUCUGGACACAAACACACAUGAUCCACUAGGAGGCGCUGUGUGUUUGAGACUGUACUGUACUGGUGAAGGAAACUAUGUGCAGAACAUAUUUAUUAUUAUGUUUAAAGGAAUAUUUCACUGAGA